AGGCCCCGCCCCUCUUUGUCGGUCCCGCCCCCGAAAACACUGAAUCCAACCCGCACUGAGACCCGCAAAUCGGCUGAAACAACCAUUGGGUAGCGGCUCAUGAAAGCGGUGCCACCUUUUUAUAGGGUGCGGAGGGGCCCCGAGAGCCACGGAGCCCAGAGUCCUGGCAAAAUAAACUGCCGCUGGGUCCCACGAGUCCCAGUCGGGCGGCUAGCCCCGCACCCGCCAUCCCAUGCUUGGCUCGGGCGACAUUCGAUAUGAACGCGGCGGGACUCGAAGCUCGAGGCGGGGGCCACAUAGAGCACGGACCACUCCCCUUCAGCGUCGAGUCACUGCUGGAGGCUGAGAGCGUUCGGGGCUCCGAGUCUGAGCAGCUGGGGGAGGAGGGGCCUCCCAGCGCCUCGAAGCCUGGAGCCUGGCCCCCACCGGUCGCGCACACGUGUCCCCCACGUGCCCCCAGCCCUCCACCCUGCACCCUCCGCAAACACAAAACCAAUCGCAAACCACGGACGCCCUUCACCACCUCGCAGCUGCUGGCGCUCGAGCGCAAGUUUCACCAGAAGCAAUACUUGUCCAUUGCGGAGCGCGCCGAGUUCUCCAGCACCUUGAGCCUCACUGAGACUCAGGUCAAGAUCUGGUUUCAGAACCGCCGAGCCAAGGCCAAGCGGCUGCAGGAGGCUGAGCUGGAGAAGCUGAAGCUGGCAGCCAAGCCGCUACUGCCGGCGGCGGCGGCGGCGUUUGCCCUGCCCUUCCCGCUGGGCACCCAGCUGCACAGUUCCGCGGCUACUUUCGGCGGCAACGCGGUUCCCGGGAUCCUCGCCGGGCCGGUCGCGGCUUAUGGCAUGUACUACUUGUCUUAGACCACGGAAUCAAGUCCUAACCUCUUGGUUAGGCUCAGGGCCGCGCCACAGUUCUGCCCGCCGCUGAUGCUCCUGGUAACUUUUGACCUUUCAUUUUAGUUUUUUUGUUUUGUUUUGGUUUUGUUUGUUUUGGUUUUCCUCCUGCUCAUACGAUGUUAUACUUGAUGACUGGAGUCUAUUUAUAGACAACUUACAAAUAUUUUAAACCUUCCUAAAACCAUGUCCACACCAAUCUGCUUUUCUGAAAGGAAACACGACUUCAUACAGUCCUUGAAACGGACAAAAGCAGAUCUUUCUAUUUCAUACAAAGCAGUGGACAAAAUACUCCUGGGGUGGGUGUGUGCCCUGUAUUCACUCUGCCCCUACACCGAGGACUUCAGAGAGGCUCCACUGAGCUGGCAUAAGAGAACAAUUCCAUAAGAAGAAGUUACAAUAAAAAUGGACCGCUAGGACGACACUUAGAAAUUACUAUCUCUCCAACUAAAUGUAUGUUGUGACCAAACAGAAACUUCUACAUGUUUUAGGUUUUGCCCCAUUAUUAUUCUUUAGAGUACAAGUCGUUCAAGGAGCCAGAGGCAAAUGCUGAAUGGACAUGGAAGUAGGGGAGAUGAGGUACUGCUGGCGCCUCCCCUCAAAGGGGGUGGCUACUGGGCAGUAGUGUCUGAGCUUCGAAAAGAGCCUGCUGGGGAGACUAGAGGGCUGUAGGCAGCAGGCAGGGACCAAACUCUAGCCUCUUGCCAGCAGGUGUCCAAUCAAUAAAGAGAAGAAAGUGAGGCUUGAGAGUCUCAGAACUCCGCUGUGGAUGCAGUAGGAGGCGAGGCCUGGGAAGGCCCCCAAAAGAGUUACUCUGAGUGCCAGCUGCUCCUGCAAUCCUGAUGCGCCUUAGAAAACGGGUGGACUCGUUUAGGAAUCCGGACUUGUACCUUUAUUCAACCUUUAUCUGAAGAAAGAAAACAGACCAUCUGAGCUGUUCUGUCCCAUUGCCGCUGAUGGAUUCUCAAUCCUGUCAUGCAAGAUUGAGGCCCUUCGGGUACCCAACAAUGGGCACUGAUAAAACCUGUGGCUGUUUCUACAGUAAGCUUUUGCUACAAUCUGGAGACUUUAGAUGGAAUGUGUUGAGGGUUCACCAAGGUCCCCUGGAGUCACAGCCCAGUACUAUUGACAAAUCCCUUCCUCCAGCCUUCAAGCUGGGGAGGAGGAAUCUGGCAGCAGAGAGCUGCUGGCUGUGUGUUCAUGAGGACCGGGAAUUUCACAGUGAUGGAUGGCCCUGGGUUAGGAUGUUCUGGUUGGGAGGAGGGGAAAGACUGGGCUAUGCUCAGCAGUCCAAGCCAGCUCCAGGAAAACUGCUGUCCCGUGACCUUCACUGGUCCAACAGCUCCAAAUAAAACUGAAAAGAUAAGAUUGUAUGGAAUUGCCUAUUGAUACAUAUUGACAUUCUUCUGCCCUGUGUCUCUUGGAAAGAUGGAAACCAGAUAGGUUUUGUUUUGUUUUGAGACAAAAUCUUCACUAUGUAGCUCUAACUGACCUAGGAUAUUCUCCAAGGCAGCCUUAGACUCACAAAGGUCCACUUGCCUUUGCCUCCCAAGUGCUGGGAUUAAAGAUACACCACAAUGCCCAGCUAUGUGUUUUUUUUUUUUUUAAGUUAAAUGGCUCAAUUUUAGGAGUGUCACAUGCAGAGAGUGAAGGACAGCUGCAAGGGAGAGCAGCAGCUGUCUCUCUCAGGUGCUUGUACAGAAUCACUCAGCCUAGGCUGUUUAAACUUUAGCCCAUGCCUACUGCCACUCUCAAGAGGUCAGACCCCUCGCUUGGUGUGCAAAUGCUGAAGGGCAGAGGACCCAGUACAUGGGUCCUGAGAUCUCAACCACCAAGUCUGCUUCUUGCAGGCGUCAGUUGACCUAGAACUACUUGUGUAGUCCAGGUUAGCUCCAGACUCAAAGCAAUUCUCUGACCUCAGCCUGCUGAGUCCUGGGAUUACAGACAUGAGCCACCACACCCAGUCACGCUGCUGCCUCUUAAGUCACAGCAUUGCUUCAGUUCUGCUCUCAAUGCUGAGGUACCUGAUGGUGUUGGCCAAGCCACAAGCAUGUAUAAUAAUGGCCAGUGCAUUGACAAUCCUGAAACCACAGGAAAAUGCACAUUUCAGGAAAGCCGGGUGUGUACCAUUGCUUCACAGUGGAUCUAUAUCUCUGUGAUAGGUCUAUAUCUGAUGACCAAGAGUAUGCGACAGUAUGGGCCACCAAAGUCUGACCAGAAACUGCUUGGUCAGGUUGCUAGUUUGUCUCUCUGACCCCAAAUAAGCAGAUAGAAAUAUUCUUCCAUUGAGCUAGUCCAAUUAUACAAUUUGUUCCUAGAGUCCUGCCCCCAGGGUGGGCAUGGCUCUGGUAGUCUAGCAUGUAGGAUGUAGCCAUGCCUUCAAGUCACACCAAUAGAUGCUCUUCCUGUCAACAGUGUUUGCUUUUGGGACAAGGCUGAGGCACAGCUGUGAAGACUAACACUUUUCUGAAGGGAGCUGCCUACAAACCUUAUUGAAGGACUCAGGCCCCUGAUGGUCCCAGCUAGGACCUAAAGCUAUGCAUACCCAUUGAUGGAAUCCUGUAUUCAGAUAGUAUCUCUGUGAUGGGGGUCUUCAAUGGCCACUAAUGGGCUAGAGCCAGUUGUGAAAGGAUUUAAUCAUUGGCCAAUACAGACCCCCAGGUCUCCGCCAUUUAGCAUCUUACAGAUGGUCUUCUGAAUCCCAGAGUCCUGGCUCCCAGUCUAAAUCCUUUCAGCUGCCAAUUCUGGACCAUUGAGGGUGGACUUGGAAACCCUGUCCUGUGCUUGGAAACUUGUAUCAGGGAGGCCACUAGACUAAGUAGCUUAAAAUCUAUUCAGGGUAGAUCAUGCCUUUCUGGGCAUGAAAUGAGCAGGACAAGAAAUAGGCAACUAGUGAGAUGGUGUAGACCACAGGUGUCCUCUGCAGAGCCUAGGUACAGAGGAGUGGACUUCGACUUACCCAUCAAGCAUAAGUAUCUCAUAUGUCCCAUUAUGGAGACCUGACGGAUACGUUGGGAGGGUAUGGGUGGCCAGAGUAUUGCCUGAGUUCUGGGAAACAGCCUUGAGGUUCUUAAGACUAUGAUCACAUCCAGGGAGGGAGCUAGGACUCAUGUACUCACUAAAUUCUGAGCAGAGCUAGGGCUGGCUGCCCCUAUCAGCUUUGUCCCCUCUGGGUAUGAGUCUGGGGACUGGACUAAAACCUCCAACAUGGUGACCUGAGGGCAUGGGUACUGUGCUAUGGCCCGCUCAGAAGGUGGAGUCUGGUCAGCGCUGUUGGUGUUUCUUGAAGGGACUCUUCAGAUCUGAUUACAAUCCUGAAUGGUGUAGGAGAUCUGGGGGCAGCACCUUCUCAGAGGGAUUUCUGCAUAGAUGCUACACAAUAGACAAAGGUCAUAGGGCAGGCAUUUAAGGACAAUGCCAUCUUUUCCUUACUUGAGGAAUGGUGAGCACACUUCAGAUGACUAACAUAUGUCAGGUUCUGGGGAAGAGCGGCGGUCUGCUGACUCUUUGUGCUCCCAGUCCCCUCCAGCUCUCACUCCAGAGGUGUUCAGGGGAAGUCUUGACUAAGUGGGCCACCGUUUUCCUGAAAUAUUGUGAAUGAUGUUAUUCAGUUGGCUGUAGGGUCUGAUAAUCUCAUUUUCACUUUGAGGAAGUACUGUCUACAUAUAUACAAGUCUUGCUGUCACAUUGCAUUCUACAUUGUAUUUAAUUGUGUUAUUAAGAAAAAAAAUCAAGCUGGGUGGUGGUGGCGGAGGCGGCGCACGCCUUUACCAGCACUUGGGAGGCAGAGGCAGGCGGAUUUCUGAAUUUGAGGCCAGCCUGGUCUUCAGAGUGAGUUCCAAGACAGCUGGGGCUACACAGAGAAACCCUGUCUCCAAAAACAAAAACAAAAACAAAAUCAUGCAUUAAACAGAGAUGGUUGAUAAUAGAAACUAAGUUUCAGAGAGGGCCAAAUGAGGGGGAAGAAAUGUCCUCACAUUUAUAAUAUGUGUGCCUUUAGAAAGCUAAACCACACAGCUAAAACAUUCCCCAUAAACAUUCAAGGGGUGUAAUCUUUGAAACUUUAUGAGAAGAGCCAUAGGCUCAUCUCUGUUCUGAACAUACCUGGUUUUGUACAAUGACAGGGACACCUGCUCUGGGAAGUGACUCUGGGUUUUAUCUCUUGUUUACCUUAUUAGCAUUUUUGGGGGGGACAGAUAGGUAGAAUUGCACAAUAGUUUCCUUCAUCUCCUAGUUUGCUGGGCUGCUGGAGACUUACAUAUGAACACCAAGUUGCCUUGGCCCAUUUUUGGCUUUUGAAGGAGAUGCUUCCAACCUAAGAUGUAUUGGCAGUAAGUUUUCAGCCACCUUUCCCAGAUUGUUAGGGAUCCUCUCUGGAGGUAGUAACGAAGAACUUUUAUGAAAGAAUGAAUAUUGCCCUUAUCAUGUUCACAAUAAUCAAAUGGAUAGAAAACCAUAAGCUUUUGUUAACAUGGUUGUACAUGCUUUUAAUCCCAGAGCUCCAGAGGUGGAGGCAGGUAGAUCUCUGUGAGUUCAUGCCCCGGCUGGUCUAGGAAGAGAGUUCUAGGUCGGUCAAGGCUACAUAGUGAGACCCUAUCUCAAAACAAACAAAAACUAAACAAGAAUGAGGUUUUCCUUUGUUAAAUCAAUUGUGAAUUUCUAGAAUAAGCCUGAUUUGGGGAAUGGAAUGAUGAUGGAGGACUGUUCAUCGUCAGAAAGAUGAGCAAUGGUUUUAAGCUUCGGGACAGCAAAACACGUCGGCAGUAAAUAAAGGUCAGCCGCAAUUGU